CGACGCGCGUCCGGCGGAGUUUCAGUUGGCCACACGCAUCCUGCCUGUGCAGUACAGCCAGCUACGCUUUGCACGCAGUCUCCUCCCUCCAUCUCUUCCUCCCCUUUCUUUCUGUUUCCUCCCUCGUCUGCACCAUGGGUACCACCACAAUCGGCUCGGAGAUUGUCAGCGUCAUCAACAAGCUGCAGGAUGUCUUCUCUGCUGUCGGCUCUUCGGCGUCCCAGAUAGACCUCCCGCAGAUCUGCGUGCUCGGAAGUCAGAGCAGUGGCAAGAGUAGUGUGCUUGAGAACCUGGUAGGGAGGGACUUCUUGCCACGGGGCACGGGUAUCGUGACACGACGACCACUGGUCCUCCAACUCAUCAACCGACAACCGACUGGACAAACGAAUGGGGCUGCCAACAUCAAAAGCGAGGACCCCAAUGCCAACCCCGACGAGUGGGGAGAAUUCUUACACCUGCCGGGAGAGAAAUUCUACGACUUCAACAAGAUUCGGGUAGAGAUUGUUCGCGACACGGAGGCGAAGACUGGCAAGAACGCGGGUAUCUCACCACUGCCCAUCAACUUGCGGAUAUACUCGCCGAACGUCCUCACGCUAACGCUCGUCGAUCUUCCUGGGUUGACGAAGGUCCCCGUUGGCGACCAGCCGCGAGACAUCGAGAAGCAAAUCAAAGACAUGCUGUUGAAGUUCAUCUCGAAGCCUGCAUGUAUCAUCCUUGCCGUCACCGCCGCGAACACGGAUUUGGCCAACUCAGAUGGUCUCAAGCUCGCGAGGGAGGUGGAUCCGGAGGGUCAGCGGACAAUCGGUGUGUUGACGAAGGUCGACCUGAUGGAUGCCGGAACGGAUGUCGUGGACAUCCUUGCUGGGCGCAUCAUUCCUCUCCGACUGGGCUACGUCCCAGUGGUGAACCGCGGCCAGCGUGAUAUCGACUCAAACAAGCCCAUCAGCGCUGCUCUGGAGUACGAAAGACAGUACUUCGAGAAUCAUCCUUCGUACAAGGGCAAGGCGCAGUACUGCGGCACACCCUUCUUGGCGCGGAAGCUCAAUGUCAUCCUCAUGGCGCACAUUCGCGCGACAUUGCCAGACAUCAAGGCGCGCAUCUCACAACAACUGCAGAAAUACAACGCUGAGCUGCUGAGCUUGGGUGGCACCCUUGGUGACAGCUCCGCCAAUGUUGUGCUUUCCGUGAUCACCGACUUCUGUUCCGAAUACCGGACGGUGAUCGACGGUAACACGAACGACCUCUCUCUGAACGAACUGUCAGGUGGUGCUCGAAUCAGCUUCGUCUUCCAUGAGCUGUUCAACAAUGGUAUCAAAACCAUCGACCCCUUCGACUUGGUCAAGGACGGUGACAUCCGGACCAUGCUAUACAACUCCUCUGGCUCAACGCCCGCUGUCUUCGUCGGGACACAAGCCUUCGAGGUCAUUGUGAAGCAGCAGAUCAAGAGACUGGAGGACCCCAGCUUGAAGUGCUGUCAGCUCGUAUACGACGAGCUGAUUCGUAUCCUGGGACAGGUCUUGAAUAAGAUCCAAGCGUUCAGGCGGUUCCCAGCCCUACGCGAUCGCUUCAACUCCGUCGUCGUGAACUUCUUCAAGACCUCCAUGAACCCCACUACCAAACUUGUCUCAGAUCUCGUGUCUAUGCAAGCAUGCUACGUCAACACGACACAUCCGGACUUCCUCAAUGGUCACAGGGCCAUGGCGAUCGUGCAGGAGCGGCUGAGCGUGAACAAGCCGGCACAGUCCACGCCUGACCCGAAGACGGGCAAGCUUGCCCCUGGCCAAGUCAACAACAACAAGGAUCUCGACGUCGAGGUGAAGCAGGACAACAGCUUCUUUGGAUCGUUCUUCUCAGCUGGCAAGAACGCGCCGAAGAAGAAGGGUGUCGCUGCGAUGGAUGCGCCGCCAUCCAUCAUCCGUCCUCAGGCUGCCUUGAACGAGCGGGAGACGAUGGAGACGGAGGUCAUCAAGCUGCUCAUCCACUCGUACUUCAACAUCGUCAAGCGCGAGAUGAUUGAUAUGGUCCCGAAGGCCAUCACCUUGACGCUUGUUAACCACUCGAAGGAGAACCUCCAGCGGGAGCUCCUGCAAGAGCUGUACAAGCCAGAGGUGCUCGAUGACUUGCUCAAGGAGUCUGAAUACGUCGUCAGCCGCAGGAAGGAGUGCGUUUCGAUGGUACAGGCACUCAACAAGGCCGAAGAGAUCGUUGCUGGCGUCUGAUCUGUUGCAAGGUCUUGACGGGUUUCCUGCUUUCCCAAUUCCUUUGAACAGCUGUCGCCGUCGCAUAAUGCGUACUAUAGUAAUACCCGGUGUAUAUGGAUGCUGGCGCCGUAGAAUCCUCUCUUCCUCCCUCUUGGCGGGAUCUCAUGUACACUCCCUUAUGUCGUUUGGUCUAUUCAGUGUUCAGCUU